AUGGGUUCCGGGCUGAUCUACAGAGGGCACGAAUCGGAGCGCAGCUCGGAAUCCUACUCUCCAAAAACCCCAAAACCCUGGCUCACCGUCUCCCGCCCAAUCCACUACAUUCUCCGCGAGCAGCGCCUCCUCUUCGUCCUCAUCGGCAUCACCAUCGCCUCCAUCAUCUUCUCCCUCGCCCCGGCGCACGUUAGCACCGCCCGCUCCGCCACCCUAGAAUUCCCGGAUCCGAUCCUCUCCACUGGAAUCCGAAAGGCCCACCGAUCGGCGUACGAGAGCGCUGCAUUCGGCGCACUGUCCGCUGUGAAUUCCGGAGCGAAGGUGCCGCUGGGACUGAAGAGGAAGGGCCUACGGAUCGUCGUGACGGGUGGGGCCGGGUUCGUCGGCAGCCACCUUGUGGACCGUCUGAUGGCCCGCGGGGACAGCGUCAUCGUCGUCGAUAAUUUCUUCACGGGGAGGAAGGAGAACGUGGUCCACCAUUUCGGUAACCCGCGGUUCGAGCUCAUCCGGCACGACGUCGUCGAGCCGCUGCUGCUGGAGGUGGACCAGAUCUACCAUUUGGCGUGUCCCGCGUCGCCGGUGCACUACAAGUUCAACCCGGUCAAGACCAUCAAGACGAAUGUGGUGGGGACGUUGAACAUGCUGGGGUUGGCGAAGAGGGUGGGGGCCAGGUUUUUGCUUACGAGCACGAGCGAGGUGUACGGUGAUCCGCUGCAGCACCCUCAGGUUGAGACGUACUGGGGCAACGUCAAUCCCAUCGGCGUGCGGAGCUGCUACGACGAAGGAAAGCGUACGGCAGAGACACUGACCAUGGAUUAUCACAGGGGAGCCAAUGUCGAGGUGAGGAUUGCUCGGAUCUUUAACACGUACGGCCCUCGGAUGUGCAUAGAUGACGGUCGUGUCGUCAGUAACUUCGUUGCUCAGGCCUUGAGGAAGGAGCCACUGACGGUCUAUGGCGACGGGAAGCAGACCAGGAGCUUCCAAUAUGUUUCCGAUCUGGUGGAGGGUCUGAUGCGGCUAAUGGAAGGGGAACACGUGGGGCCCUUCAAUCUCGGAAAUCCCGGCGAAUUUACCAUGCUCGAACUUGCCCAGGUGGUCCAGGAGACGAUUGACCCGAACGCCCGUAUUGAGUUUAGGCCCAACACGGAGGAUGACCCGCACAAGAGGAAGCCGGACAUCUCCAAGGCAAAGGAGCUGCUUGGGUGGGAGCCCGUCGUCCCGCUCCGGAAGGGGCUCCCUCUCAUGGUCUCUGAUUUCCGGACCCGUGUCUUUGGCGAUCAUGCUUCCUCUUAGGAGAAAUUGUAAUGCUUACAGAUUACAAUCCUCAUCAAAAUGCCACAUCCAAACUGCAUUUUUUUUUAGUGAGAAUAGUAAUCCGGAAGCAUUGCAAUUGUAUGUGAUUCUAGUCCCAUUCUACCUCUUCUUUCAUGUAUGAUUUUCGUAUCUUCCUCCCUUUGGGGGUAUUUUUGUAAUUUCCUGUUCCCAUAUUGCCCUUAUUUUGUAUGUCGUCGUAGACAACAGUGUAGCAGUGAUGUCAGCAUAUCAACAGUCUUUUCCAUUCCAUAUCACUAUCAUCCCUCUGCCCUUCCUAGCA